AUGUCUUCAAAACGACGCGGCGCGUUGAGGAACUCAGCUGCGCCGCCGGCGCUGGCGAGGGUCAGCAGCAGGAGACAAGAAGACAGUGGGGAGGAAGAAGGAGGAGGAGGAGGUUCUGAGAUGGAGGUCGAGGUCGACGACGACGGUACGAGUCGGUUAAGGCGGAACGAGGAGAAUUUGAAGAAGAGCAUGGCUAUCGAUGUUGGCCUCCGCAAGGGACAAAGACAAAAACGUCUGGAGAAGGAGUUUGAAAGUCAGUUCCGAGAGCUCGAGGCUCAAAUUGACGAGAGGGUGGAGAAGUAUCAGCAAGACGGGUGA